UAUAAAGUUUGUAUAUGUGAAUCAGUGUAACUCAUACCCAUGUAACUGGGGGUCUGACUGUAUUUGGAUUUUUCUGAUAAGGCAUCAUGGGCUAAGGAAAAGAGCAUUGGGCUGAGACUCAGGAGACCUGGUUUCUAGCCCCAGCUGUACCUCUAAUUGUAACCUUGGUUGUGAACCAUGUGCAAUGAUGUUUGACCUGUGUGAUUCAACCUGAAAAGAAUUUAACCAGCUGCCCUUGCUGAGUCUUUUGUCAUGUCUCCUGAAUGCAUGCCUUCACAGUUGUUGAUCACAUAGCAUGGUCAUCCACUCACAGCUUAAAAAAAUACAGGGAGCAUCGGAGAGAAUGGGUUCAAUGUAUCUAUGCCUGCCCACUUCAAUCCGCAAGGGAGUGUCAGAAAGGCCCCGCAUUCGCCGAGCCCAGCAAAAGGGAGACACUUCAGCUGGAACAAAAUAGUGGAAGAAAUGGCGUCUGGGGUUCAGUGGGGAUUCGCAGAGAUACUACUCGUCAACGAAUCAAAUUCAGUGAUGACAGAGUAUGCAAGAGUCACCUUCUCAACUGUUGCCCUCAUGAUGUCCUCUCUGGAACUAGAAUGGACCUUGGAGAAUGUCUGAAAGUCCAUGACCUGGCUUUAAGAGCGGAUUAUGAAAUUGCAUCCAAAGAACAAGAUUUUUUCUUUGAACUUGAUGCUAUGGAUCAUCUGCAGUCAUUCAUUGCAGAUUGUGAUCGAAGAACAGAAGUGGCUAAGAAAAGAUUAGCAGAAACUCAAGAAGAGAUUAGUGCUGAAGUGGCAGCAAAGGCAGAACGUGUUCAUGAGUUAAAUGAAGAAAUUGGUAAAUUGUUGGCCAAGGUGGAACAACUAGGAGCUGAAGGGAAUGUGGAAGAAUCCCAGAAAGUAAUGGAUGAAGUAGAGAAAGCACGGGCAAAGAAGAGAGAAGCAGAGGAAGUUUAUCGGAAUUCUAUGCCAGCUUCAAGUUUCCAACAGCAGAAACUUCGAGUCUGUGAAGUCUGCUCUGCCUAUUUAGGUCUUCAUGAUAAUGACAGAAGAUUGGCCGAUCAUUUUGGGGGUAAAUUGCACCUGGGAUUUAUUGAAAUAAGAGAGAAGCUUGAAGAAUUAAAGAGAGUCGUCGCUGAGAAGCAGGAGAAAAGAAACCAGGAACGCCUAAAACGAAGAGAAGAAAGGGAGAGAGAAGAAAGAGAGAAGCUGAGGAGGUCUCGAUCACAUAGCAAGAAUCCAAAAAGAUCCAGGUCCAGAGAGCAUCGCAGACAUCGGUCUCGCUCCAUGUCACGGGAACGGAAGAGGAGAACUCGAUCCAAAUCCCGGGAGAAACGCCAUCGCCACAGAUCCCGUUCCAGCAGCCGCAGCCGCAGCCGCAGCCACCAGAGAAGCGGGCACAGUUCUAGAGACAGGAGCAGAGAGCGAUCCAGGAGGAGGUACUGAGGCAUCCGUAAGAGGAGUGGCGCUCCCUUUAUGAUUGAGAGUUGGAUACUGUUGGUUUGCAACUUGCCUCUGGUGAUAUGUACACAUUUGUGUGGGUGUAUAACGUAUUUUUCCCUGAUUAUAUGGGUAAUUCAAUAAGAACAUACAUAUGAGCCAGAGUAAGAAAUUGGAACCAAUAUGUGCAGAGGUUACUGCUUUUCUCUGCUUACAGUGUCUUGUAAAAAAAGUACUUUAUGGGCAAAUAAUUUUAGGUACCAAUACUCGGAGUUUUUUCAGUAUGUAUUGGCAAAUUAGGGGCUCUGAGAAGUCCUUUCAUUAAAAGUCUUUUAGCUUUGUUUGACUCAUUGUUUUCCAGACUUCUUUGAACUUGUGCACUUUUUCAGAGCAGACACAUUCUAGUAUUCUUAUUUAAUCUGCACUUAGGUAUAUGCAUUGUUAUAUACAGUUACUUGGCAGGGCAGAUUCAGAAUCUUAAGAAGUUACACUUCCUUGACGUGAAAACUCAAAACGUGCAAGGAGGGUAGACUUAGAGUGAGGAAUGUUUAAGGACCUGAGUAUCUAUUCAGGACAGACAAAGAAUUCUCAUGUGAUGGAGCCUCAGCAUUCGCAGUCUGUGUAGACCAAGCUCCCAGAGCUUCUCAGGUCAUCUGAUGGCCCUUAAGCCAGGUGAUUUCUAUGGAACAUAAACCAUGCUUAAAAUAGCUUUUUUCUUGCCAACUCUUCUUAAGCGUAUGUAUGACAGACUUUUUGAGUGCCUGGUACCUACUAGUCUUAAAUUUUCUAUGGAUUACUCCACAUAAAGCCCAUGAUAGAAUCCACAGAAAGCUGUUGAAAAUCUUUUUUCUUUUUGACCCUGAACCAGUCAUUCCCUGAAACUACUUGCAAGCUCAGUUGGUUAAUAGGCUCUCAAUCAGUAUUUUAUUUAUUAUAUUCUUGCCUUGUUCCAAGUAGGGUUUUUUUUUUUCGGGAUUCUUUUUUUCCCCCCACCUUUAUUGAGCUAUAAUUGACAAAUAAAAUUGUAAGAUAUUUAAAGUGUACAUCGUGAUGAUUUGAUAUAUGUAUACUUUGUGAAAGGAUCCCACCAUUAGUUAAUUAACACCAUCACUGCACAUAUUUUCUUUGGUGAGAACAUUUAAGUUCUAUUCUCUUAGCGGACCACGCAGUUCUUAAGGUGACUUCAGUCAGUAAGAAUUGUAUACUUUCUACUCUACUAGCCUAGUAAAAAAAUAACAAAGAAAUACAACAUAGUUAAACAACUUUGAGUGAGUUAGAACACAGGACUAACAUCUUUGACAAUAAUGAGACUGAUAUAAGACCUAAUAUAUUAUAACGUACUAAACUUUAUAUCAUAGAGUAAAUAAUACAGGAAUUUAGAUGAGGGAGAUUCCAGAGUGAUAAAAAAUGGCUUCAGGUAGUAGAUAAAACUUGAAUAAAGUAGGUAUAAUUUGAAUAGGUAAAACCAGGUAGGAAAAAGGUAUUCAAGAUAGAGUGAAUAUCACAAGCAAAUAAAGAAAACAAGCAAGGAAUUUCUAAGGGACAGAGUUCCCCAUAGUGUCAUUUGUAGACCACUUAUCUCACACUCUUAAAACUGUGGGCACCAAGUGCAUUGCCCAGAAAAUUGCAUUUAAAAAAAUUCUCCGUGAGUCGUAUCUGUGGUAUAAAUUUUGAGAAUCAUCCUUCUGGUUGAUGGAAGAUGUAGACCAUUUCCCUUGUCAGCCUGCCCACCUGUCAUUGUUUCUGGUGUCUGAAUGUUUAAAGGCCUUCAUUGGUGGUGGGGAUGGAAGGGAUGGGCAUGAAGUCUCCUCAUCUGAGAUUGGGUUUUCCUCGUCCCUAAUGCUUCCUGCAUUUAUGAAGUUGUAUAGGAAAUUUUUCCACCAUACUACAUGACACCUCUAAUCUAAUAUUUUCAGCAUGUUCAUAAAGAGGAUUAUUUAUUAUAAAUUUUGCUUUCCUUAAGAGCACUUCUAAUCCUUAUAUGCAAAUUAUUCUUUCAAAGUAACAUUCUUUGUUUUUGCCAAAAAUUAGCAGACAAUUGCUAUUAAAACCUACGUUAUGACAUAUAAGAUAACAUCAAGUUAUUGCUAUAUAUUUAGUUUUCAAGGUGAAAGUCCCAGUUAGAAGUUUUUUGUUUGCAGUUCUCCUGCUCCAACUGUGAAAUACUGGUCUCUGAUAUAAGUAGAUUCUGCUUGUAACCUUUCUCUGGCAAUAGUUAGUUACCCUUGGUAAAUGAGGACUAUUUGCAUUUUUCUGCUUCAUAUUGUGUUUAGACACAUGUAGUGCAGACUUCAGAGUAAGCCUACUUGAGUUCACUGGCCCCCUGGGCCCAGUAAUCUAAUUAUCCUACCUGUCUUUCCCCAUCUGCUAAGUAAAGAUAGUAAGAGUACCUACCUUAUUAGGCUUAUUUGAGUGAAAUAGUGAAUAGCUUAUGUUUGGGACAUUGUAAUCUCUCACAAAACGUUAGUUGAUGCUCAUCUCAUAGUUGUUUUUCAGUUAUUAUUACCAACCUCUGGGGCUUACCAGCACCUGGUGUCCCUAUUCUUAGGCAUCGUCUCCAUCAUCUCUCUCCAUGUUCUGUUCUUACAAAGGCUAUAGGUAGGACUAGUGUAACUAGGCAUGCAUUGUAUGAUUUUUUUUUUACACAUCAUUUUUUAAUUAAGUUUAUUAAAACCUUAAUUAAAUAGAAUGCUCAAAGUUAACAUUAUUUAAUCUUCCAGCUUUUUUGGUUUGACCCUCCUUAACUAUAUUUCUAAAACUGAUUUCAGUGGUAGUUUUUUUCCUGCCUUAGAAGUUGAAAGUAUUACUUAUUCAGGUUUUUGGCAGUGCCUCAGAUCCUAAUUCUGAACAUGGGUUGAGUGAGAUAAUUAUGUAAAGGUACCAUGUCACCUGUAAAGAAUCAAAUAAAUGUAAUACAUGUUACUGAGUCAUUCUAGAUGUUGAAAGUAUGGAAGAUUCCGUAUUAAUUCUGAUCCCACUGUCCUUUGGUUUUCCUUCUGAUUGAAUCUCUGAUAUGAGCUUGUUUUGUUAUUAUUUACCUUUCUUAUUGAAGUUGGGUAUGGGAAUGGAGCAGAUGGUAUUAAGAAGCAGUUAUGGUUAAUCAAGAUUUAUUAUGGUGUGAUCAUCUUUCUUUGUUUUCCAUUCUGAUUUUUUUUCUGUUGGUUGAAUGAGCUAAUUCAGGAGGAGUAAAGUAGAUAUUCAAAAUAAUAAAUGGUUAUUUAAAGCCA